AUGGAAGUUAGAUCGGAUUCCAAUCAGGGGCGGAGCGGCGAUAAUAAGCUUCCGUCUCCGGCAGCUCCGAAGCCCCGCGUGCAAGUCUGGUUCGUAACGGUCUGCUCCACCAUUUUGAUUUGGACCUGUUUGGUUCAGCUUUUCGCCGCCGGUGAGCUUUGGCGUACCCGGAUCUUCACCGGUCAGGUCUCUAGAUUCUCGGCCCCCGUCGAGCCGGUUCCGUUGCCGCCUCCUCUUCCUCCCGCAAGAAACUAUACAAGCAAUGGUGUUUUGCUUGUGUCGUGUAAUGGCGGACUUAAUCAGAUGCGAUCCGCGAUUUGUGAUAUGGUGACUGUUGCUCGGUUACUUAACCUCACGCUUGUUGUUCCUGAGCUUGACAAAACUUCUUUCUGGGCUGAUCCAAGUGGGUUUGAGGAUAUUUUUGAUGUGAGACAUUUCAUUGAUUCGUUAAGAGAUGAAGUUCGGAUCUUUAGGAGGCUUCCUAAACGGUAUAGCAGCAAGUAUGGUUACAAGAUGUUCGAAAUGCCUCCUGUCAGCUGGUCUGAUGAGAACUAUUACCUUAAGCAGGUGUUGCCUCUUUUCAGCAAACAUAAGGUUGUGCAUUUCAAUAGGACCGAUACCCGUCUGGCAAACAAUGGUCUUUCGCUCCCGCUUCAGUGGCUCAGGUGCCGGGUGAACUUCCAGGGACUAAAGUUCACUCCACAGCUUGAGGCGUUGGGGUCUAAGCUAGUCCGCAUUCUACAGCAAAGAGGGCCCUUUGUGGCUUUGCAUCUUAGAUAUGAGAUGGAUAUGUUAGCUUUCUCUGGUUGCACUCAUGGUUGCAGUGAGGAAGAAGCUGAAGAGCUCAAAAAGAUGAGGUACACAUAUCCCUGGUGGAGAGAGAAGGAGAUAAACUCAGAGGAGAGGAGGGCGCAAGGGCUGUGUCCACUGACGCCAGAGGAGGUGGCAUUGGUUCUAAAAGCUUUGGGAUUCGACAAAAAUACACAGAUAUACAUUGCAGCUGGUGAGAUUUAUGGGAGCGAGCAUAGAUUGUCCGUUCUAAGGGAAGCAUUCCCGAGAAUUGUAAAGAAGGAAAUGCUAUUGGAGUCGGCAGAGCUGCAACAGUUUCAGAACCAUUCAUCUCAAAUGGCUGCUCUAGAUUUCAUGGUAUCUGUGGCCAGCAACACUUUUAUUCCCACGUAUGAUGGAAACAUGGCAAAAGUCGUGGAAGGCCACCGAAGAUACCUCGGGUUUAAGAAGACGAUCCUGCUUGACCGCAAGAGACUCGUGGAGCUGCUGGACUUGCAUCACAACAAGACCCUCACGUGGGAUCAGUUUGCUGUAGCUGUGAAGGAAGCACACGAGAGACGAACAGGAGCACCUACACAUCGAAGAGUAAUCUCUGACAAACCGAAGGAGGAGGAUUACUUCUACGCUAACCCUCAGGAAUGUCUUUGUGAAGGUACAAAUUGCCACGACCUGUAUGGCCAUAGAAACAACUCCAGUUUAACACGUUGAAGUCACCUUUCUUUUAGCAUACUAUCUCAUCGUUUCUGCAAAGGACGGGAACGCAAAAACACUUGGAAAGGGAGCUGCCUUGUAGUUCCUUCCCUGAGUUUUUUUGUUCCCAUUUUUGUUUUGUAACUUUUUUCAGUUUUUUUUUUGUUUCUGCAUAGUUGCUGAUCUUGAUUUAUUUGUUUUUACGUAAGUUAAGAUGUAACUACAACAAGAUUCUGUAUCUCUCAUCUUAUAGAAAUUUCAAAGUUUGGCAAUAGCCUAACAUA